GUGACUUUGAGAGAGAUGGCAGUGAUCUCGCAGUAAUUAGAAAACGCGUUUAAGUCUUAACUCGCCGGAGGCUGCGGCUGAAGCCACCAUUGAAGCUCCAAAGGACUGCAACUAUAUACAUUGAUCGUAAAACUCUCUCAGUCAUUGAGGCAAACGAGGGUCUGCUUGGUUUGGCUCUCCAGAAAUAAGAAAAACAAUAGUUUCUUUGUCUCGUCCCACUUAACCCCAAUGUGCAACUUUGAGUGCCUUGGGCUACCUGCCGUAUUCUUUCUGCUUUCAGCUGUCCAGUGAAACUGAUCAUAGUCAAUGUCUCAUUACAUUGACAAUGAAACAAUAAAAUAGCCACAUGGCCUGAAUGAGACCACUUGUUUCUGAGGCGUGUAACUCAUUUUUCGCCGGGAUUUUCACGCCAAGCAAAACAAAGACCUGAAACAUGGAACAUUUUCCGUCGCAGCCAGUCUCGGUGAACACAUCCUGCACAGGGGAUCAGGCGAGCUGUUCGCCCGCUGGUGCCAACAGCACCAAUUCGACGGGACCGGGGCAAUACCCUGACUUCUAUAUCGCCAUACCCAUCAUCUACUCGGUGAUAUGCGCCGUUGGGUUAACGGGCAACACAGCAGUGAUCUAUGUUAUACUCAAAGCCCCGAAAAUGAAAACGGUGACCAAUAUAUUCAUCCUGAAUCUGGCUAUCGCGGACGAACUUUUCACUCUAGUGUUACCCAUUAACGUGGCGGAUUACCUUCUGCUGCAGUGGCCCUUUGGCGAGUUUAUGUGCAAGUUGAUCAUUUCCAUUGAUCAAUACAACACCUUUUCCAGCAUUUACUUCUUGACCGUGAUGAGCAUCGACCGCUACCUGGUGGUCCUUGCCACGGCCAGGUCCAAGAAGAUCUCAUACCGCACCUACAGGGCGGCCAAGAUAGUCAGCGUCUGCGUCUGGCUCUUCGUUACCGUCAUUAUAUCGCCCUUCACCAUUUUUGGCAAGAUCCACGACGACAAGGGCAGGUUGCAGUGCGUCUACGUAUUCCCACAUCCCGAGGUUCUGUGGUGGAAGGCUAGUCGGAUCUACACACUCCUGAUGGGGUUUGCCAUUCCAGUCUCCACCAUCUGCAUCCUCUACACGAUGAUGCUGUGUCGAUUGAGGAACAUGCGUUUGAACACCAAUGCCAAAGCUCUUGACAAAGCAAAGAAAAAGGUGACCAUAAUGGUGAUGGUCAUCCUGGCGGUUUGCCUCUUCUGCUGGACGCCCUACCAUUUGAGCACAAUAGUGGCGUUGACAACAGACAUACAACAGACCACGGUUAUCAUUGGGAUCUCCUAUUUCAUCACCAGCCUCAGCUAUGCUAACAGUUGUCUUAAUCCUUUCCUCUAUGCCUUUCUGGAUGACAGUUUCAGAAAAAGCUUUCGGAAACUGUUGGAAUGCAGAGCUGCGCCUAAUAUUUAACAUUGAGUUGCAUGUAAUUAUACACUAUCUACUUCAGAAGCUGUUCAGAGACACCAAGACGCCCUAUUUAAAAGACUGUUAGUCAGCUGAUAACGUCCUUGUAAACAAAAACUCUGCGAGUCAAAUUAAAAAUAAGAUUGACA